AUGGGGAAACCGUUUUCGAAAAGGGCCGAGGGCCUGGGCCACAAAAAGCUGGCACAGGGGAGCCGUAGCUGCGAGUACUCAAAGACUUUUCCAGUCGUGAUAAGCGGGGUCCAGUGGAGCGUGGAGCACGUCGGGGUCACCAGAUGUGGGAAUUGGAAGAAUGAAGACAAGGGAUUCAGUAGUUGGGGUCCAUCCGUGAAGAUGGAAGCGAAGUUCUGUGAGAUGGAAAGAGCUCCUUCGGAGGAAGGGCAGCCGGCCCGAGUCCAAGAGCGCGCCCAAGGUGCCCUCUCCUGCGGUAGCGAAGAGACAGAGUUCAUCCAUUCUCUUUGCAGAGGUGUGGAAACUGCUGCUGUACCUCCAGUCCAGUCUCUAGUUUCCUUUGAGGAGGUGUCUGUGCAUUUCACUGUGGCAGAGUGGGCCCUGCUGGAUCCAGACCAAAGAGAUCUCUACAAGGAGGUCAUGCUGGAGAACUAUGGGAGCGUGGCCUUUCUGGAUCAACUGCUCCGAAUAGAGAUGUACAUCUCCAGAGGAAGAUAUCGGUUUGGAGUCCCCAACAGUGUCCUCCGGCGAGGCGGUCGCUACGGUGAGACCGACUCCGUCGAUCAGAACAGCUGUGAUGUCCGGAACUACUCCGACGUCCGGAACGACUCCGACGUCUGGAACGACUCAGAGGACUGGAACGACUCCGACGUCCGGAAUGACUCCGACGUCCGGAAAGGCUUCGAUGGCUCGAACGGCUUCGAUGGCUCGAACGGCUCCGGUGAACGGAAUGACUCCGACGGGUGGAAUGACUCCGACUGGUGGAACGACUCCGACAGGUGGAGCGACUUCGUCCGACUGAACGACUGUGGCUUGAACGCCCACUACGAGCCAAAGACCAUUGAUUUGAACGGCGUUGAGAGGGACGUCUCGCUGGCCCCUGGACCUUAUUCUCGCCUAUCUGGGCGGCGCCAUCUUGGGAUUGCUGCGGGCCCAAAGCGGCAUACAGGGGAGAAACCUUUUGAAUGCUCAGAAUGUGGAAAGAGAUUCAGUAGGACUGGCACUCUUCAAGAGCAUCAAAGAACCCAUACAGGGGAGAAACCUUUUGAAUGCUCAGAAUGUGGAAAGAGAUUCAGUAGGAGUGGCAGUCUUCAACAGCAUCUAAGAACCCACACAGGGGAGAAACCUUUUGAAUGCUCAGAGUGUGGAAAGAGAUUCAGUCAGAGUGGCAAUCUUCAACAGCAUCAAAGAACCUACACAGGGGAGAAACCUUUUGAAUGCUCAGAGUGUGGAAAGAGAUUCAGUCGCAGUGGCGGUCUUCAAGAGCAUCAGAAAACCCACACAGGGGAGAAACCUUUUGAAUGCUCAGAGUGUGGAAAGAGAUUCAGUCACAGUGGCCAUCUUCAAAGGCAUCAAAGAACCCACACAGGGGAUAAACCUUUUGAAUGCUCAGAGUGUGGAAAGAGAUUCACUGACAGUGGCACUCUUCAAAAGCAUCAAAGAACCCACACAGGGGAGAAACCUUUUGAAUGCUCAGAGUGUGGAAAGAGAUUCAAGUGUGGAAAGAGAUUCAGUCACAGUGGCCAUCUUCAAAGGCAUCAAAGAACCCACACAGGGGAGAAACCUUUUGAAUGCUCAGAGUGUGGAAAGAGAUUCAGUCACAGUGGCAGUCUUCAACAGCAUCAAAGAACCCACACAGGGGAGAAACCUUUUGAAUGCUCAGAGUGUGGAAAGAGAUUCAGUCAGAGUGGCAGUCUUCAACUGCAUCAGAAAACCCACACAGGGGAGAAACCUUUUGAAUGCUCAGAGUGUGGAAAGAGAUUCAGGAGCAAUGGUGAUCUUCAAAGGCAUCAAAGAACCCACACAGGGGAUAAACCUUUUGAAUGCUCAGAGUGUGGAAAGAGAUUCAGUGACAGUGGCACUCUUCAAAAGCAUCAAAGAACCCACACAGGGGAGAAACCUUUUGAAUGCUCAGAGUGUGGAAAGAGAUUCAGUCACAAUGGCAAUCUUCAAAGGCAUCAAAGAACCCACACAGAGGAGAAACCUUGUGAAUGCUCAGAGUGUGGAAAGAGAUUCAGUGACAGUGGCAAUCUUCAAAGGCAUCAAAGAACCCACACGGGGGAGAAACCUUUUGAAUGCUCAGAGUGUGGAAAGAGAUUCAGUCAGAAUGGUGAUCUUCAACUGCAUCAAAGAACCCACACGGGGGAGAAACCUUUUGAAUGCUUAGAGUGUGGAAAGAGAUUCAGUCACAGUGGCAGUCUUCAACAGCAUCAAAGAACCCACACAGGGGAGAAACCUUUUGAAUGCUCAGAGUGUGGAAAGAGGUUCAGUCACAGUGGCAGUCUUCAACAGCAUCAAAGAACCCACACAGGGGAGAAACCUUUUGAAUGCUCAGUGUGUGGAAAGAGAUUCAGUCAGAAUGGAACUCUUCAACAGCAUCAAAAAACCCACACAGGGGAGAAACCUUUUGAAUGCUCAGAGUGUGGAAAGAAAUUCCGUGGCAGUAGCCAUCUUCAUAUGCAUCUAAGAACCCACACAGGGGAGAAACCUUUUGAAUGCUCAGAGUGUGGAAAGAGAUUCAGUCAGAGAGGCAGUCUUCAAAAGCAUCAAAGAACACACACAGAGGAAAAUCAUUUUUGA